CAACAAUCAGAAGGCAGAGUAGCAGACCUUUCCCAGCAACGCAACAGAUCAAUCAGCAUGAAGUCGAUAUCGUACGAUAUAGACCCAGGCGGCGACGUCGAGCUGAUACUCAAAAAGCCGAACAAGCAGAACAUCGUCCCCGAGAGUCCUACUUUCCAUGGAAAUCCCGUAGAUCCGGAGUCCCCCAAACCGCCAUGCCUCGGUCGAUAUCAAGUCUUCAGCGAGCUCUAUCCCGAUGGUGAGAACGAGAAUCCGGAUGUCGAAGUUCGCGUGCGAGUGUCCUCCCGGCAUCUGACUUUUGCUUCUCGCACAUUCCGAGCUAUGAUCGAAGGGACUUGGAAAGAGGGAAACUCAUCGUCCAGACCUAUUCGACAAAUAUCAGCCGAGAAUUGGGAUGCCUUUGCUCUCGCCAUAGUCCUGGACAGCAUCCAUGGUCGUCACCACGAGAUUCCAACACAGAUAACUGAUGGGCUCCUGACUCGAAUUGCAACCAUUGUUGACUACUGCGAAUGUCGCCAGGCCAUGCAUUUUAAUUACGAGGUGUGGGCCCAUGGCAAAACACUACCUUCAAAGCUAUGCAAUGCGGCCUUGUUGUGGUUACAUGUCUCAUGGGUAUUUCAUGAUGAGAAUAGAUUCCGCAUUGCGGCACGUUUGUUUGUGCGUUUUAGCAUUGGAGCGUACGACUUCGAGACCCAUGGCCUUCCUGUUAGUGGUGUUCUCGAAGCUCUAGACUCUCUCGAGCAGCAUAUGAUCGACGAAGACGGCUGCGACUAUUUCAAGGACCCUGACUGCACUGCCAUCGUGCUCGGUAUAUUGGUACGAGAACGGCAUAUGAUUACGAACCUGGAUCCGCCUCUCGAUGCUCCCUUUGAUGGGUGCAGCCUACACAAGAUAUUACGUAGGAUCAGCCGCUUCCGUACCCCAAUGUUGCCGCACAAUGAUCUUGACCAACCCCAUGAGAAAGAUGACGACGAGGAGGAACACCCCUGUACCAUUCAAGGAAGACUGAUGCCAGUGUUGAAGGAGAUAGAGAAAGCGGUUGACGAUGUUCGUCUGGCUGCUCUCCAAUCUUAA